AAAGACACAAGAAUACAGUGGCCUUUUAAUACCUACUUCGUUCCUUGCGUCCCUUUAUGGACGUUCUUAAUUUUAAAUUGUUACAAUACAAGUAUUUUAAUUGGGUCGGAUUUAUAGUUAACAACGUAUUCCAUACAGUCUACAAUUCCUGCUUCGACAAACAGCGCUUUGAAGUGCUAUAUGUGUGGAUGCCUAUGGACGCGUCGAACGCUGUUCACCAAUCUGGAGUGAACAGACCGAGUUGGAUAGCGGGAAAUUUCUUUCCUGGAGUGGGGGCAAAUAAUCUUUACACUCAAGUUCAACAAAAGCAAGCUAUAGCAAGGGUAGUAGGAGAGGAAUUAGCCAAUAGAUACGUCACAUCAACACAGUUUUUGGCAAGAGGACAUCUGGUCGCUAAAAGUGACGCCGUAUUUGCACCAGAACAGCGGUCUACAUUUUACUUUAUUAACGCUGUGCCCCAAUGGCAGCCUUUCAAUGCUGGUAACUGGAACUGGCUUGAACAGAAUCUACGGGGUCGUAUCGGCGCCGUUGGGUACAACUGUAUAAUAUACACAGGUAGCUUUGGAGUAACUCAAUUAAGAAAUCAAAAUGGACGAUUUGAGGACAUUUACCUUGAUAAUACGAAUGGAAAUCGAAGAUUACCGGUGCCUCUUUACAUGUAUAAGAAUCUCUACCAUAAAUCAAUAAUUGUCACAGAUAUCCUUUAA